CGUGCAUAAUGGACGGUCGAACUGUCGCGGACCACAUCCAAACCGUAAGCGUGUGAUUUCAGUGAUGCGGUCGAAACAACAAUGACCAUGCGAGCAGCUCACGACUUCGCAUGCUUCAGAUCGCAAGUCCGUCGGGAUCCGAACUUCGUGUUGUCGCCCUCGCACGGUGACAACUGGCAGGGCAUUCUCAACUACCGACCCCACGCCCUAAAGCUGGAAAAUUUCUCGCAAAAGCUAGUCAUCAGGGCACCCGGGAACGGCAUUGAAUCAUGGGGGCAAUCGCGUGGAACGAGCGAGAGGGAAGCAGAAGGGAACACAGUAACCGUGUGCCCCAAUGUCUUCGUCAUCCAUUCCCUCUGUCCCCGCCACUUGCGACACGUGCCACGACAUGAUGAUAAUGGCGAUGUUGAUGAAGAUGAUGAUGAUGCUGAUUGCGAUGCAGAUGAUGAUGAUGAUGACGAGGACGGUGGCGAUGUUGAUGACUACGACGAUGUCGAUGAUGAUAAUGAUGAUGAUGUUGAUGAUGUUGUUAAUGAUGAUGAGGAUGAUGAUGAUCAUGAUGAUGAUGAUGGUGUUUAUGAUGAUAACAACGAUGAUGAUGAUAAUGAUGACGAUGACGAUGACGAUGAUGAUGAUGAUGAUGAUGGUCAGCAAGAGUCAUGGGAAGCAAAAGGGAAUACAGAAACCAUGUGCCCCAAUGUCAUCGACAUCCGUUCCCGCCGUCCCCACAACUUGCGACACGUGGUGCGAUGCGGCUGCUCCCAUGCGCCGGCAAGCAUGUGCGACGACUGACACGCGGGCAGGCAGAAAACCACUUUACCUUAACGAGGGCACAACGCACACGGUGGCGCAGCUCUUUGACG